AUGAUACCCAUUAGGAUUGGAUCUGUGACUAGGCUGACUUUCGUCCAAUGUAGUCGAAGACUCGCUACAGCCGAAACACAGGUUUUUGAAGAUGAAGGAAAGAAAAAGGUAAAAGUUGCUUCCAGAAGAAGGUCAACUAAGUUUUCUGAUACGCUAAACAUGGGUCCUUCUUUUGAUGACUUUGUUAGUGGGAAAGCAAAAGAUAUGAUUAUUGAUCCAUUGGAAACUGCGAGAAGUGAUGAAAAUUUAAGGCUACCGAAAUGGUUAAAGGUACCAAUUCCCAAAGGACAGUCAUUUCACAAUUUAAAGAAGGAUGUAAGAGAAUUAAAGUUAGCGACUGUAUGUGAAGAAGCUAAGUGCCCAAAUAUUGGCGAAUGCUGGGGUGGGAAGAAAUCGGAAGCGACUGCAACAAUAAUGUUGAUGGGAGAUACUUGUACUAGGGGUUGCAGAUUUUGCUCGGUCAAAACUAAUAGAACACCUGAUAAGCCUGAUCCUAUGGAGCCCGAAAAUACUGCUGAAGCAAUUAAAAGAUGGGGAUUAGGUUACGUGGUUUUGACAACCGUUGACAGAGAUGAUUUAGCAGAUGGCGGUGCGAACCAUUUGGCUGAGACUGUCAUGAAGAUUAAGCAAAAGGCACCACAGAUAUUAGUUGAAGUUUUGAGUGGUGAUUUUAGAGGUGACCUUGAAAUGACAGGAUUACUUUCAAAAUCAGGUUUAGAUGUUUAUGCACAUAAUAUAGAGACAGUGGAAGCACUCACGCCACACGUGAGAGAUCGUCGAGCAACUUAUAGACAAUCGCUUUCCGUAUUGAAGAAGGCAAAGGAGGUUAAGCCAUCUCUUGUUACGAAGACUUCGAUGAUGCUUGGACUUGGUGAAACAGAUGAGCAAAUUUUACAGACACUCAAGGAUUUGAGAGAAAUAAAGUGUGAUGUUGUGACUUUUGGGCAAUACAUGCGUCCAACUAAAAGGCAUAUGAAAGUAGUAGAAUAUAUAACUCCAGCGAAAUUUGACUAUUGGAAGGAGAGGGCCUUGGAAAUGGGAUUUCUUUAUGUUGCUAGUGGGCCCUUAGUAAGAUCAUCCUACAAAGCCGGUGAGGCAUUUAUAGAAAACGUUAUUCGUAAGUCGAGACACAACGUUGGAGAUAGCCCAAGGCUUAUUGAAUCUGACGAUACAAGGCCGUUUACAUAG